AUGGCUGCUGUCAUUCUUCAGCGUUAUCGAGAACGCCGAUUACUGAGGAGAAACAGAAUAUUUAGGGACCGAACUCAUCCGUUUGAUGUUUUUGACGAUGAUGUCAUAUUUGCCAAGUUUAGAUUUAGAAGACAGGAAAUUCUAGCAAUCACAGAUGACAUCAGCGUCGAUAUUCUGUUAUCUAAACGGAUGGGUUCAUUGACCCCUCUUCUGCGAGUGCUAAUUACACUUAGAUACUUUGCCAGUGGCAGUUUCCAAGACGUUUGUGGGGAGCUUAUAGGAGUUGACCAGUCAACCGUAAGCCGAACUGUGACAAGAGUCACCGACGUCUUGCUACGUCAGGUACCAAACCAUGUUCGAUUACCCAAUGGAAAAAAACAAGAUGCCAUAAAAACUAAAUUUUAUGACAUGAGUGGAUUUCCAAAUGUGGUUGGAUGCAUCGAUGGGACUCAAGUUCAAAUACAAGCUCCUACGCAGAAUGAACAUGAAUUUGUUAACAGGAAAGGCUACCAUUCCAUCAAUGUUCAGGUAAGAUAA